AUGGAACACGAACGUUCUUUUCAAAAACAACCAACUAUUUUUUUAAAUAGAAAACAAGCUGUCGUUAAAGCUAGCAAAACAGGUCGUGCAGAACGUUAUACACGUAAUGUCGGCUUAGGUUUCAAAACACCACGCGAAGCUAUUGAAGGUACAUAUAUUGAUAAAAAAUGUCCAUUUACAGGCAAUGUAAGCAUUCGUGGUCGUAUUCUUACUGGUACAGUUAUGAAACUUAAAAUGACACGUACAAUUGUUAUUCGUCGAGAUUAUUUACAUUAUGUACGAAAAUAUAAUCGUUUUGAAAAACGUCAUAAGAACAUGUCUGUACAUUUGAGCCCAUGCUUCCGUGAUGUACAAAUCGGUGAUGUUGUUACAAUUGGCGAAUGCCGUCCAUUAUGUAAAACAGUUCGAUUUAACGUACUCAAGGUUACAAAAGCAGCUGGUUCAAAAAAACAAUUCCAAAAAUUCUAA